AGAUAUUACCACUGUGGAUGCUUCAAACUGUGACUAUCCUGAGGCAGUGAAAAGAUUACGUCCAAUGUGUUGUGCCAUUCAUCAAUUUUUCAUAAACCUGGAGCCACAGGAAUUCGAACAAAGCUACAAGGAGAACUUAGAGUGGACUGGAUGCAUUGAUAGAUUUAUAAACUGCUUUAGUUUACUCAAGUCCUCUCACCCUGCAGAUCAUAACUUGUGCCUUUUAUUGUUAACAUCCUCACUGGAACAUGCCCUAGGUGAUGUGUAUCUAUCCUAUUCUGGUGCCAAACAGUGCCCCUCUUUAUUGAAGGACUUACUGACUACACAAGAGCUAAAGGAAGUAUUUGGUGAUGCUGUUAUCACCUUGCUUCACAUUUUAAUUGGUCCACCUACUAGUCUCAAUCUUAGGAACGUUCUGUGGCAUGGAUUUGCUGCACCUGGAGAAGUGCCUACUCAGUAAGUGCCAUCUUGAUGGUAACAAGUACAGUUAUGUCACCUACUUUUAAUUCAUAGUCCCUUAGGCCAAGGUAAAAGGUCAAUCUUCACAUAUGCCAAACCUUAUGCUAAGGAGCAAACUCUUGUUAACUGCAUGUUUGUCACAUUCUUUUGUGGCAAACAGACACUUUUGCUGGUGCUCUGCAUUUCCGCAUUCAUGAGUUCCUAUUUCCUGAAAGCAUUACCUGCCUAGAUUAGCAUAGCUACCUGCAGGCGUGUUAAAAUAAGGUAUUUCAAUCUUGAAAACGAAUAAGAUGUAUGUAUGUAUAUACAUGUAUGUAUGUUUGGUGCUUUUGAAUUUUCAAGUUUGACUCAGGUGUGAGCUAUUUUUACCACAAUAGUUAACUCCAUUAUGAAAAUGACCACUGAUUUUAAGAUAGAAAGUGACAACAAAAACAACAAAUUUUAUUGAAAAUUGGAAAUAUAACUAUACAUUACUUUCCCACCUGCAAAUAGCUUAUAAACUAAUUGAGGCGGGGGGAUCUGAAGACAUAUUACAAGUACAAGGUUUAUAUAUAGAUGGACUAAAUAACAGUGAAGACACUACUAUACAGUAAAUAGAAUAAACUAACAUAAAACAAGGCAAGUACAUAACAAUUAUGAAGAGAGGCUAACCUAAAGUAUUAAAUAACUUAAUAAGAAGGGAGACUUUGACAUAAUCAUUUUCUGACCGCAAGAAAUUUAGUAAUAAUUCCUUUAUUUUUUUACAAAAGGACGAAGGUUUAAGUAUUAAAGUGACAAGCAACUAAACUGAACACCAUCAUAUAAUCUGAAUAUUUUCAUUAUAAUGUGUUUCUUAUGUCGUUAGGUAUGCCUCAUUGUUGUUGUUCAUUACUGCAUCUCUUAGUAACAAGUUGAAAGAUGCCCCAUUCUUUUCAAGAGUAUUAAUAAGAAGACCUUUACUGAGAUUAUCUCCUUGUACUGGGGAAGACAACAGCAUUUUCCCUUCUUUGGAACUAUCUAGCAUUCAGGAGAUAUCUGACUUAUUUUGUGCAAGUUUCUUUAUUAUUCCAAGCAUGCUUCCCUUGUGGCUUAAAGCAGUGGAUUAUUUCUUGAUACAAAGGUACAAGUAAUACUUGUAAUCACAGCCGUUAUUUACACUGUUUACUGCACCAAUUUGCAAUCAUCUUUAUGUUUUUGUUAGACAAUGUCUCCAUUUCUCUAACAGAAAUCCUGUAACUCCUCUUCCCUAAUGGGUCCCUCCCUGCUCCACCCACAGUUCCUUUCCUCAUCUCUAACAGUUCCUUUCUCUCAUUCACUAUUGCUCCUUUCCCCUUCCUUAAUGGUUCCCUCCCCCUUCUCUAAUGUUCCCUCCCCUGUCCAUCACUCACAUUUCUUUUGCCUUUUUUUUUUACUAAUAGUCCCGUCUCUUCUCAAUGGCUCCUUAAUCUCCCCUUCUGUAAUUAGUUCCCUUCCUUAAUCCCCUAUGACUUACAGUCCCUCCUCCCUUCUCUUUUGUUGCUCACUCCACUCUUCUCUAUGGCUCCUUUAUUUUUCCUUAUAGUUUACUUCUUUGUGCUUCGUUCUCUCCUACCCCCUUUCCUUUCUCUUCGGGAAAGCCCUCAUAGCAAACAUUUCCGUGAUUCUUGUUCUUUGCUCCGAAGCUGCACAAAAACGUUUGCUACACAGCCUAUCUUAGGGAUCCCUCUCUCCUAAUUAAGACUACAUGCCUUUUCUCUAAUGGCUUCCUUCUCAGCUCUUUCCUUCAAGUUUGUUAAUUAUUAUAUUAACUAUUACUGGUUUAUACCAUUCAGAUUUGACUUGUGCAUUGUUCUGCUGCUGCCUCAAUUAGAGCACGGCUUGAGAAGAGUAUUUGCUUGUGUUAAUAAUUGUCCACAUAGAGCACUGACUGCAGAGUCUACAGUAUUGUAUACCACAUUUGAUGAGGUAAAUAAACAUACUACCUUGGAUUUAUUUAUUAAAACUGGCAAAACCAUNUUUUUCUUUUUUUGUUUUGGUUGUUUUAAGGACUGAAAUACGGCCCCUCUUUGGCCUUUUCCGGGGAACAAUUUUGGUCUGCGUUUUUCGUGUGGUUGUUUUUUUAUUAAUUUAUUGUUAUUAAGAUUUUUUUUUUAAAUAACCGGGGGUUUUUUUAGAUGGGGGGGGGGGGGGGGGGGGGGAGAUGGUUGGAAAACCAAUACAACACUGUAUGUGAGGAGGUUGGGCUUUUUUUGAUUAUCUUCAUACGUCUGUCCACCAUUAUUUUAUUCAAGGUUGUCAGAAAGUUUGGAAGUAGACAGCUGUGUUGUCAAAGUGAGUGGCCAGUCCAAGGAUAUUUUAUUUAAAAAAUGCCAUCUGUAAAGAAAUGCCAAGCAGAGUAGGCCAGCCGAUACUAACCAAGUAGGUGGCGAUUUUUGCCGGCAGCUGACUACUUUUGACAACCCUGUUUUAUUAUUAAAUUAUGAUUCGUAUCCUUCCAAAUUACCCAAAAGCAGAUAAUAUAUAAUAUUGAUGGCACUGAGGACAUGAAAUUGUGCCCUUAGCAUGUUUUUGUCCAUUUUUCUCGUUAGAUACUGUCACCAGUUUUACAAGAUGGUUCUGACAAUCUUUUGAGACAAGAAAUAGGAGAAGGCCAUUUGGAAUUGUUGCUUGAUAUUCUUGUUCAUCAGGAGGGACCAAGGAUUAGGGACCACAUAAGUCAUGGAGAAGUUAAUCUGCAAGAAAUCUCACAAGAAUCAGCCAAUCACAUUUUAUGCCUGUGCAUAGCGUUUGCAGGAUUGUACCUUUACCCAGAUAAGAUCAACCGAUUCAGUGGUGAUUAUCUAUUUCCAAACAGCAAAAGAAUUUGUGAAAUAGCAAGGAGUUACAAAUCACGCUUUCAUCCAGUUUCUCUUGCAAGAAAGACAGUGUGUAAACUGACACUUUCUUUAUUAAAAUGGCGGGAUUUACCCAAUCCAUUUGCGGAUGAAUUCAGUGGUUUAGAGAGCAGUGAUAAAAAACUGUCUACACAGAUUGCAGAUGCCAUGAGAGCUUGCAAAAAGUUAAUCACAUCAUCGUCAUUAUCUGAAGACAAUGUAUCCAAGCUGUUUCCACUUCAAUUUGAUUUGGGAAAAGUUUACACUUUUGUUGAAGUUGUGGUAGAACUAUUGAACGUAGCACAAUUUCCUACCCUGUACAGGCCUAAAGAGGAAAUAGAGGUAGCUGUCUUACUAAGGAACAUAGCACAGCAUGGAAUUGUAAUUUCUAGACAGGUAAGUAGGAACACACCUCAUCUGUAGUCUGUAGGGUUCCUCAUCAAAGUUUUCUUAUUACCAAAUUAAAUGUGGUAAAUAUUUAGUAAAGUAAAGAGGUGUUGUCUCAAAAAUUCAAAUUUGUGAAUUUAUGAGAUUAGUUGCCAUAUUCAGAUUGAACAAGUGUAAAUGGGUGGGGGGUUAUAAGCACCAUUAUGCUCUGAUGCCUCCAUACAAAUUCUUCUAAAAUAGGCCUGGAUCGUAACAUUUACAUUCCUGGCUUAUUUUAGAAUUAAGACCUAUAUGGAGUCACUGGAGCAUGAUGUUUUUUAUAUCUCCCCACCAAUUUAAACAACCUCAGUUCAAAGUAAGGUUUUUCUUUUUCAGCCAUUAUUUAUGAAUAGAGAUUUUGUGGUAGUUUUUAACUUUGGUAAUUGAUUGAGAAUAGUAACUAUUCCAAGAUAUACACACACUCAUUAAAUGUCAAUUUCUUUAAUAUUUUCCUUGUGGAUAAAAUUUGUUAAUUAAUUUUACAAGGAAGAAAAAUAGAAUGCUGAAGAUUUGGUUGUCUUUUCAACCAGAUCUGUGAGACAGCCUCAGUGAGAUUUGAACAGUGGCAGAACAGGCAGCUAAGACAGCGGCAAAGGACAAACUACAAACGAUUGUGGUCACAGGUUCCACUCACAUUUGUAGCCCUGCAGUUUAUUGUCAUCAUCAUUGUCAUAGAACUGCUUCAACUGCCAAAGAACAGAGAUCAAAGUAACAGGAAUACUUUCAUCAGGUAAUAAAACUGCAGCUUUAUUUUUGGUAACAUGAUUCAAAAUCAAUUGAUCUAAACCCAUUCAAGUAAAAGUGAAAAACAUCCAUAAAAACAAAGAUCUAUUUUUAAGCAUCAACAUUACUGUGGAUAGAAUAUAAAGAGUAAAACUAGCUAAGUAGUUUCUAAAUGACUAGCUAGAAUCAUGCAGGCAGUUUUGUUUUAUUACAUUUAUUUACAAAGUCUACUGUCCUGGUAACCCUGCAUUAAAUCACAGAAUGACUUCUUAUGUUUUCCACAAAACAGAGUCUAUUAAGUAAGUUUGUGAAUUUACAUGCAUGUUUGGAGACAACAACAACAUGACAUAGAGGUUAUGGCUUGCAAUGUCACCAUUGUUUCCAAAACAACAAGCAGUUACUUUAAUUUAUCAUUAUUUUUCACACAUUCUUGCAGGUUCCUCAAGCGAUGUCUUCAGUGUACAGAGAACAUGGAAUCUCUAUCCAGCACAACAAAAAACCGAUGGGAUGAAUGUAGUACUGCAGCAAAGAUGUUGGUGGAGUGUGUUGAACAUUAUUACGCCGAAAGAUGUGAAGUGGUGUCAUGA